GUCAAAUGUUUUCGUCCUUCAAGGCGUCCCGUCGACGCCUCAAAAUUGGAGGAUGUUUUACGCAUGCGCAGUAACCCGCAACGCUCAACUUCCCAACAAAGCUAACCAGAGCAGAAAGCUACCGCGACUGCGUCAAAAAAAAAUAUGUGUAAAGUCCGAAUUUUAAGAACGUUGAUGAAGCAGCGACUAAACGUGGCUGUCGAUGAGAUAUUUGAACUGUUUGAGAGAACCAUAGCGGAGUACGAGGAGGAGCUUUGUCGGACCAAAGAGGAAAAAGAGCGACAAGGCGAACUACUGCACGCUGUUCUCAAACCUCAUGUUCCACUACACAGAGCAGUCAUCCCAACAUCCCAUCUGCAUUUGCUUCCCUCGUCUGGCGAAGACAUUCAACAGAUGUCGGCGGAUAGUCAAGAAGAAAAGCAGCAGGAGGAGGAGACGGCAGAGCCCCCCCACAUUAAGGAGGAGGAUGGAGAGUCGCUUCAAAACCAGAAAGGCGAUGGUGAUAUCAACAUGUUCGUAUGGACUGGUGUCCACAUAAAGUCCGAAGUCGAUGAAGGUCAAUCGUCACAGCUUCGUGACACUCCCCAUGAGAAUUUAAGUCAACGCGCGAUAACAGAAAGUGUUGGAGUAAGCUGUGAAGCGUCACAGACAGGCUACAUUGCUCCACUCUCAGAUAUGGAUGACGUGUCAAACUCCUCUGACACUGAUCAUAGCGACACCGAACCUUUGGAGACUCAAAACAAAUCGAAAGGCCGUUUAAUGCAUCACGCCAUCCGCAAUAAAUUCAACUGCUCUCAAUGUGAGAAAAAGUUUGCCAACAAAAGAGCGUUGAAAAGUCACGCGGUAUCGCACAUGGGAGUGAAACCUUUCGCUUGCUCCCUUUGCGAGAAAAGAUUCUCCUUCAAACGGAAUGUCAAAAGACACAUGAGAAGGCAUACGGGGGAGAAACCCUUUACAUGCUCCGUUUGCGCACGAAGGUUUCACGACAAAGACGACAUGAAGACACACAUGACGAUACACACUGGUGUGAAACCUUUCCCGUGCGCGGUUUGCGGCAAAACGUUUUCUCGUCAGUCGUAUUUGCGGACGCACAUAAGAACGCACACCGGGGAGAAGCCCUUUACUUGCGCAGUUUGUGCGAAGCGCUUUGCUCGUACGACGUCGCUCAAAAGACAUGCGCAGAAACAUGCGGCGGAGAAACCUUUCGGCUGCUCCGGUGAACGCGUGACCCAACAGAAACUGACGGGGAAUACUUGAACUGCUCUGAAUGUGUCAAAAUGUUUUGAAAACACCUAGCAUUUGAAAAUAAAAAUAAUAUAAUUGUGUUUUUCUUUUCUUUUCUUUUUCAAAAUUGUAUUCCACUACACUGUGAUUGUUGCUUUGAAUUCAACAAAUUGUUUCGUCCCACUAUUUAAGUUGGUUAAUAGUGUAUGGGUUGAUUGGUUCUCUAUGGGCGGCCCACGUACUAUUGUUACUCUAAUUGGCUUUUUUUAACUUAAAAAUUGGAUAAGUGUUGGUUUUGUACUUGUUGCCUCAUCUUUCCACACAGUAAAUCAUACAUAGCAAUAGCAGUGAACAGUAAGGUGUUUAUAAUGACUUAUUAUUCAAGACAUCCUUAGUUUUAUAUAAAAUAUCUUGAAUUGUUUUCUACAUCUUGGAUUUCAUGUUUUUUUAAGAUUUUCAACAUAGUCUAUGAUUAAUUGUUACCCCAAGCAAUUUAUUUGAGUGAUAAUUUCUUGAAAUCAAAACAUUUUUUCAUUAUAUUUUAUUUGUAUUUCACAGCACCUGUUCAGACGCUAUUGUAGGGUUAUUGUUUUUUUUUCCUGAACUGUAAGGUGUUAUUUCAUCAACAAGUUAGACAUAUUUUAAGACUAUGGAAUCAUUGCUGAUGUCAUUCAGCUAUCAUAAAUUAGGGCCCAGCACAGAUCAUUGGGGACCCCCGUAAGUGAUGUUUAAUUGAGUUUUUGUUAUGAAAUUGUACGUAUUAAAAACUGUUAUCCAAGUAACUUGUCAUCCACUUGUAUGCCAGGUCGUGUGCCACAUUCUAUAAUUUGUUGUAAAAUAUUGUAAAAUAUAAAAUUUAUGAUGAUGCAGUGAAUUCCACACAUUAUAAAAUAGGAAAGCACCCUACUGGCAAAUGUGAUGUGUGUGGCCAGCAAGAGACUGUUUGGCAGGUGCUCGUAGAAUGCUGAUCUUAUGAUACGGAAAGAAGCCAAUUGAUAACUUUGACAACGUAACAAUUGUGAAACAUAAUAAACUUACAUUAAGUACUGAGAAUCGACCUGGAACUGCAUCAAUAACCAAAAUUCAGAAUCGGUCAUUUAAUGGAAACGAGAUAAAUAAGUAGGAUUUGCAGCUCUACACUCCGGUCCAGUAGGUGGCGCUAUAAUGCACCAAACGCUGCUUUGCCAACCAAUAAAUGAGCUACGCCAGAAGAAGAACAGGAUUCGAGCUAAACGUUUCACGGGAUCUCGAGGACCCGAAUUGAGAAACGGCGUUGCUUUUAUUGAAACGUUCCUAUUCUAACGGCACGUCUUUUGUCUGAUUGACCCAAAAAAAACAUUUCAAUUGCCCUUUCCCAACGCCAACUUAGCGUACGCAUCGCGAGAGGCGCUGAAAUUCACGACCCGGUCCAUCAAGUCAGCUCGCGGGUUUGUUAAAAAUGUGCAAAGUGAGACUUCUGAGAACGUUGGUGAAGCAGCGACUAAACGUGGCCGUCGAAGAGAUCUUUGAACUUUUUGAGAGAACCAUAGCGGAGUACGAGGAGGAACUUUGCCGGAGCAGAGAAGAGAACGGGCGACAACGUGAACUACUUCACGCUGUUCUCGACCCUUGCAUUGUACUAAAAAAAACAGAUAAGCAGAAGAUGUUGAAGGAAGAGGUUCUAUCUAAGGAGCCAGCAGAGCCGCCCCGCAUCAAAGAGGAUUGGGAACAGCCCCAAGAUCUGAAGGAGGAGGGUGACAUCCACAAAGCCGUAUUAACUGCCGUUGAUAUUCAGAGAGAAGAGGAUGAAGCCCGGCCCUCCCAGCUUCAUCACAGUCAAAGUGAGGAGACGUCAAGCGCAUGCACAACAACAGAAGCCAAUGGAGAACUCUGUGAAGACCUCCUCUCGGAACCAGACUCCCUCUUUGCUCCAAUAUCAGAUACGGACGACAUUUUGUCAAACUUGUCUGGCACCGAUGAUAGUUGCCGGUCCCCAAAAGGUUUGAAGAUGAAAAAGAAGUGUAAAAUCGAUACGACACGGGGCGAUGAUUGCAAGCCAUUCAAAAACGGAACGAAGGCAAAAUAUCAGUGCUCUGAAUGUGGGAAAUAUUGUAAGAAUCCGUCCCGUUUGAAAACGCACAUGUUGACGCACACUGGAGAGAAACCUUUCGCUUGCUUGGUUUGCGGUAAACGAUUCUCCAUCAAGCAGAAUAUGAAAAGACACGUGGCGAUCCAUACGGGGGAAAGGCCUCAUUCCUGUUCGAUUUGCGCUAAAGGAUUCUACCAGAGGUUUUACCUGGACCGACACAUGCUCGGGCACUCGGACGAGACAAACAAACCGUUUAAAUGUUCUGUGUGCGCGCUACGUUUCGUCAAUAGACGUGCGCUCAACGGGCACAUAAGAUUGCACACUGCGAAGAAGCAUUCAGCCUCUAUCAGCACCAGAGAGGUUUGUUGGUCAAGCGGUUUAUCAAUCAAAUCGAGCUGAGUUUCGCGCAGUUUAUGAAUGUAAACAAAGAACCGUCAUUUACCAACAAAUGAAAAAGGCUGCAUGGAACUGUUUUGUUUCUUACUUCGGGAUCGUAACAUUUUCUGUAAUUUGUUCAGGAUUCUACGUUUAUUUGGAUUACUGUUCCCCCCUGCUGUUAUUUAUAUAUAUAUAUUUUUUAAUUUUAUUUUAUUUUGCAUUGAGUGGCAGGAACUUGACAUCAGUUAGUUUGACGAAAAGAGACAAGGUGCAGAUGGCACCAGCUAUGAUUUCUUUACACUAGUCCUGAAUUAAAGUCUGGAAGCCAAAACUGUAUAUGGUAAAGAUUCAUGCUAUAUUUUAUUGCGAUGCAUCUAAGUAUUGUUGUACGCUGUGUACAACAAACAAAAAUGUUCAUUCAUGAUGCACGGGUGGACAAUAAAAGUUUGGAUGACAGCUCAAGUCUUUUUGAACUAAGAAGACAAACUUUAGGAGCGGCUUCAGUACAUCUACGUUCAGACUGAAAGGUGGGACGGAGCUCUGUGGUGACCAGGGGUUAUCGUGCAAUGCUUCAAAAAUAAACGCAACUCCAAUGUU